AUGGCUGUGGACUGGUGCUACGCAGUUGAUGAGGUAGAUGGUGGAGCAGUGAAAAACUGGACGUCUUCCUGGACGGUGCUCCAAGGAUCCACGUUGCUGUUUGCCAAAGGCCAAGGGGAAACCAGCUGGUCACACUACCACAGUGGCUCCCUCCCUGAAUUUCUCCUGUCACUGUUGAGUAGCUGGAAGCCGGCUGCUAAGAAACGUCCCGCUGUCUUCUUUGACUGCUCGGAGCUCGACAGAGCCUCCUCUUUUGGAGGGAGUCAGUCCAAACCUGAGUUCACUGUGGAUCUGAGGGGCGGCUCUGUGGAGUGGGCUUCGAAGGAUAAGUCCAGCAAGAAUGUUAUAGAGGUGAAGACUCGGCAGGGCACGGAGCUGCUGAUCCAGUCCGAAAACGACGGCGUGGUCAACGAUUGGUUCAGAGCACUGCAGGACACCAUCAGCACUCAUGCCUGGGAGUCUGAUGAGGCCAUAGAGGAGGACAUGCCGGAGUCACCUGGUCUGGAGAAACAUGACAAGGAGAAGGAGCACAGAGACUCAAAGAAAGGUAGAGCCAUGAAGACCUCCACCAGCAUGGACGUCGACAACAAGAAGACCAGGCACAAGCUGAAGAAGUUCCUGACCCGCCGCCCGACCCUGCAGGCCGUCAGAGACAAGGGGUACAUCAAAGAUCAGGUGUUCGGCUGCAGCCUCUCCAGCUUGUGUCACAGAGAGAGCGACACGGUGCCCAGCUUUGUCCGGAUGUCCAUCGACCACGUGGAGAACAACGGUCUGUGUGUCGACGGGCUGUACAGAGUCAGUGGAAACCUCGCUGUCAUACAGAAACUACGCUUCGCUGUUAAUCAUGGUAAAUGAAAAGUGAACCUGGCAGACUCAAAGUGGGAGGACAUCCACGUGACCACCGGAGCUCUAAAGAUGUACUAGGAGCUGCCGGAGCCUCUCUUCACCUAUGUCUUCCAUGACUUUGUCAGCUCCAUCAAGCUUCCAGAAUACAAGCAUCGAGCAUCCAUCAAAGAGCUGGUCAGACAGCUCCCCAAGCCCAACCAGGACACCAUGCAGGCUCUCUUCAAACACCUGAGGAAGUACGAACGACACUAUGAACGUCAUCAGAAAUGGGUCCCGGAUAAGAAGGAAUUUUCCAGAAACACCGUGGACAGCGGGUGGUUUGGAGUGUGGGCCCGCGGCCGUGAAGGAGCUUACAGCCGGGAGAAGAGGAUCCAUUGUCCCCAUCCCUUUCCAUCCUUCCUGAUUCAGUUCUGGGAGAGUUCAGACCAGUAUCAUCGCCAAGAUAGCCGGGCCAGGCAGGAAGAGGCACACCUCAGAUCCAGACCCCAGCAGCGGCAGUGA